AUGGUGGAAUCGGGUUCAAGAGAAAGACUAGCGAGUCUUAUCAACUCAGUCAAGUCUGCCACUGACAUACCUUCAAAGCUCGAAACUUUGCGUCAAUUAAACCGAAUUUUGCAACAACAAGAAAAUGCUAGUUCAAUCUCUGAGUUCCUUCCUCUAAUUUUCGAGUUUCAAUCUGAUCAACACUCUCCGGUUCGCAAAUUUGCCACCGAGAUAAUUGGAGAGAUUGGAUUGAAGCAUGUAGAAUUUGUGCCUGAAAUUGUUCCAGUUUUAAUGUUAGUUUUGGAAGAUCGCGUACCAGCUGUUGCUAGACAAGCUAUUACUUGCGGAAUUAGUUUGUUUCGGGCUACUCUCGAAAAACUUGCAAUUCAGGGUCUUUAUGCUAGUGAGCUGGAUGAUUUGCUCAAGUUGUCGUGGUCAUCGAUGUUAGAGUUCAAGGAAAAAAUUUACUCCAUAGCUUUUCAGCCUGGAAGUGGUGGUGUAAGAUUGCUGGCACUACGAUUUGUUGAAGAAGUCAUUCUUCUUUACACACCUAAUCCUAAUGGCACUUCAGAACCCCCUUCUCAUGAAGGAGCAAGUGUGGAAUUUAACAUAUCAUGGCUCCGUGGGGGCCACCCUGUACUAAAUGUUGGAGAUUUGUCAAUUGAGGCCAGCAGAAGAUUGAGUUUAUUGCUUGAUCAACUUAGCCUUGCCACUAUUGCAAAGAAAAGGCCUCCAUACUAUGGACGCAUCCUGUCAGUUUUACUUGGUUUGGAUUCCUCAAACUCUGUUAUUGAAGGGAUGCAUGGUUAUGGGGCACGUCAUGCCUUAAAAAAUGCCUUCCUCACCUGCUUGAAAUGCAAUCACCUGGGAGCUGCACCGUGGCGGGAUCGUUUAGUUGGUGCCCUAAGAGAGAUGAAAGCAGGAGGGUUGGCAGAGGAAGCCCUACACCAAAUUUUAAAGAGUAAUGGAAGUGUAGAGGAGGUGAAGGAAGAUUUGCUAGUUGCAAAGGAAGAAAAAAUUGCAAUUAAGUCACUUGAUGACAUUCCAAAUAAUUUGGUAAGGAAAAGAUCUGGACCAGAAGACAGUAUGGAUUUUGCAAAAGAUGAUGAUGUGUCUGGAAAACGUGCCAGAGCCUCGCCAAGUGUCUUGGAGGAAUCAUCUAAUGAGAUGGAUAGGGAUAGUUUAGCGUCUAAGCAUGACAUUCCUUCAGAUAGACCUAACAAAAAAGCUGAUGAUAAUGGACCUGUGCAGCAACUUGUUGCUAUGUUUGGAGCCUUGGUAGCUCAAGGUGAAAAAGCUGUUGGUUCUUUGGAGAUUCUUAUUUCAAGCAUCUCUGCUGACUUGCUAGCUGAAGUAGUGAUGGCUAACAUGCGCUACCUUCCAACCGAUCGUACUCAAGCUGAAGGAGAUGAUGAAUCACUAUUGAACAUGACUAUAGUUGGCAGUGACACUCAAGCCAAGUAUCCAUCAUCCUUUCUGGCAAAUGUUCUUUCACUUUCUAGUUCUUUCCCACCUAUAGCUUCACAGCUGAAUGCUGAUCAGUCAGUAUCCAAAGAGACAGUGAAAACCCAAGACGAGGAAGAACUGCAGACAACACAAGACAAGGAAGAAAUUCAUGCAGCAGCAGCUGAUAGUGCUGAUGUAUAUACUGUUAAAAUUCAUAAUGCUGAAGAUGAAGUGAUGCCCGCUGGUUUACCUGCUUCAUCAAAUGAGAUGGAUGGCUUGGCUAUUUCAUCUAAUAUCCAUGAUGUUGAGAAUUUAGACAGUGAAAUACCUGGUCUAGAUUCUUCUGCUCGUAAUGAUGGAUUUUCAGAGACCAUGGGUGCUUCUUCAUUGGUCUCUACUGAUAUUGAAGAUGCUAGCCAAGAGCAAGGUACAAGUCUAGGUGCAAGGACAAAUCUGGAAUUGCUUCCAUCAAUUUCAACUGAUAGGUCAGAGGAACUAAGUCCGAAAGCAGCUGUUGCGGAUUCCAACAGCCUCAUCUCCUCAACUGCAACUUCCUUGCGUUUAAGCCAUACUCUUGUUCUGCCGAAGAUGUCUGCACCUGUUGUCAAUCUUGCUGACGAACAGAAGGAUCAGCUGCAAACUCUGGCUUUCAUACGCAUUGUUGAGGCAUACAAGCAAAUAGCAGUUGCUGGAGUUUCACAAGUUCGCUUUUCCUUGCUUGCUUCUUUAGGUGUUGAGUUUCCUUCAGAGUUAGAUGCAUGGGAAUUCCUUAAGAAGCACAUAUUAUCAGAUUAUGUGGGUCAUGAGGGACACGAGUUGACAUUGCGUGUCCUCUACAGGUUAUUUGGUGAGGUAGAAGAGGAACGGGACUUCUUUUCUUCUACAGCUGCUGCUUCUGUGUAUGAAAUGUUCCUUUUGACUGUGGCAGAAACGCUGAGAGAUUCUUUUCCUCCUUCGGACAAAUCUAUAAGUAGAUUGCUUGGUGAAGCUCCUUAUCUUCCAAAGUCUAUUUUGAGUCUGUUGGAGUCCUUGUGUUCUCCUGGAAACACUGAUAAGGCUGAGAAGGAGUUACAGAGUGGAGAUCGAGUUACUCAAGGUCUCAGCACUAGUGCAGUUCAUCAUUUGGAAGAAGUGCGCAUGAAGGCGAUUCGUCUGGUAUGCAACGCCCAAUCACAACUUGCUAUUGAAGGAAUAUACAAGCUUCUUGUGGCAAAUAAACUUUAUCCUCUCUCAUCCAUUGCCCAACAGAUAGAAGACUUUGCAAAGGAACAGUUGAUUUCAAUUGUAAAUAGUGAUGCAACAGAAAGCAUGGAUGCUGAAGUGUCAGUAUCUGAAUCACUGAAGGAUAUCGUUUUGGAAAAACCAUCAGAUGAGCAUCAGUCUACGAGUGCCAUCAGUAAAGAUAUCUCCUUGGAGACUCAUCAGUCAUGCGCAUCUGAAAGCGUAUCAUCACUUUCAGUCUCUGAGGCCCAGCGGUGCAUGUCACUGUAUUUUGCACUGUGCACAAAGGCAGUUCAUCGGCACAUUCCCAUACUAGUCCGUACUAUGGGUUCAUCAUCUGAUCUUCUUGACAUAAUUUCAGAUCCUCCUAGUGGAAGCGAGAAUCUUCUGAUGCAGGUUUUACAAACACUGGCGGAGGGGACAGUUCCUUCUCCAGAAUUGUUAUUCACCAUCAGGAAGUUGUAUGAUUCAAAAUUGAAGAUUUUGCUGAUCUUUCCCCAUCUAGUGAAUCUUCCUUUGGAUAAGUUCCAAAUUGCACUUGCUCGUACACUACAGGUUACAGAUGCUUGUAAUGCUUGUUUUGAGCAACGACAGAUAUUCACUCAACAAGUUCUUGCGAAGGUCUUGAAUCAGUUGGCUGUUUCGAUUGUUGCAGGUGGAGUUUAUUAUGGAGAUCCUUUCUCGUCUUGUAAGCAAGCAGAUAUGGAAGUACCCGAAGUUGUGGGUUGGCUUCCUGAAGUGUGCAUUCUUGACGAAACCUCACUUCCUCCGCCACAGUUGGAAAAUGCACUUAAUAGAACUGCAGCAUUGAAAGCUCCUUUGGUUGCCUAUGCUAGCCAACCAAACAUUAAAUCUUCACUUCCAAGGUCUGUUUUGGUAGUUCUGGGAAUAGCUCCAGAUCCUCAGACUUCAAGUCAAGCACAGACAUGUCAGGCUCAAACUGGAGAUACAAACAACUCAGACAAGGAUGUGACAGCAGAGAAAUCAAAAACUGGAGAUGUGACCAACUCGGAUAAGGAGGUGCUGACAGAGAAAUCUAAAGAAUCUUCUGUCGCUAGCUGA